AUGAGAAAGGAAAAAGAAAAUUUACAAUUUGAAUUAGAUAAAACAAAAUCUGAACUUAAAGUUCGUGAAGGAGAAAUAAGAGAAUUAAAUUUUUCUUUACUUGAAUGUGCUCAUGAUUUACAAGCUGCUAAAACUGACCUUUCUGUUACAAUAAGUGAAAGAGAUUCUGCUCUUUAUGAUGUACAAAAACAAUUAAAAGAACGUGAAAAACUUGUACAAAAUCAUACAAAUCAAAUACUUUCUCUAAAACAAGAAUUAGAAACUACUAGAAUGGAUCUUCAUUCAACAAGAGAUGAACUUGAAGCUACUCAAACAAAAUGUAAUGCUGAAAUUGAUGCAACACAAGCAAUGUGUUCUGCUGAACUUGAAGCAACAAAAGCAAAAUGUACUGCAGAAAUAGGUGUUAUAAGGGCAAAAUAUGCUGCUGAACUCCAUGCUACAAAAGAAGAACAUGCUGAUGAAUUAGAGGCAACCAAAGCGCAACUAUCCUUUUUUAAAUCACAACUGGAUUCUACAAAGGCUCAACUUUCCUUUACCAAGUCAAAAUUAGAGUGGGCAAAAGCAGAUUUAUCCUCUAUAAAAUCUUUAUUGGAUACAGCAAAAGCUGAUCUUGCUUCCACGAACAAUAAAUUAAAACGAACAACGGCUGAAUUAGAAGCUGCCAAAGAAGAAGUUGAUGAAUAUAUAGAUAUGAUGGCAUAUAGAGAUGGUCUCACUUCUCUAAUAAUAUCAGUUUAUCAAGAAGAUAUUCGAAAUGAAAAAGAACUUCAAGAAAAAGCUAAAAUAUAUCAACUUGAAACCGAUAAUGCUAAAUUACGGAAACAACUUGAGCAAACUAAAACACAAGCCACAGAAUAUGAAUUGAUGAAAGAAGAAAUAGCGUGUUUACAAGCCCAGGUUGUGACGUUAAUGGCUACACCAAAAUCCCAAGAAAUUACCAGUGAGACCCCUACUUCUACCGCCAACAUAACAACACCACCAGAAUCUCCAUGUAAUUCGCGACCGAGUAGUGACCUCUUUAAUGAAAUGGCUAGUGACUCAAGUAGUAUACAUGAUGGUAUAAUUAGCGGAGGUAUUAAUACGGUGGUUACAACUGUUGCAAAUGGUGAUUGGGUAACAGUUAGGAAACGAGGUAGUAAACGAAGAGGUGCUUCACGAAACCGUGGCGGAAAUCGUGGUGGACGAAGG